AUGAGGACCCUUGCCGCCCCAGGCGACACAGCUGCAGUUUCGUUUCUCCUCUUAGCAAUUCCUUUGGAUAAGGUUGCCCAAAUUGCGUCGUCAGUUGUUCAGGGCUGGCGGAAUGAUUGCCUUGUCGCCUGUGACGCGGGUGCCUUGUGCCAUCGUCAUUAUGCCUAUCAGACUCUGCCGAGGCGACUUUCAGCAGCGUUCGCCAUCCAGCGCUCUUGUGGGUGA